GUUCCUGACCUCCUACGGUUACCAAACAAACGGGUCGUUCAAUGGCAUCAUGGGUUACUUGCAAAGAGAAGAGAUCGAUGUGACAGCUACUGGAUUGAUGAUGAACGUUGACAGAAUGCCUUACGUGGAUUUCGUCGGUGACAUCUUGGUAUUGAGGAGCCCGUUGAUAUUUCGACAGCCUGGGUUGUCCAGUGUUUCGAAUUUGUUUGUCUUACCUUUUCGUAAGACAGUUUGGAUAUCGAUUGUGGUAGUGACGUUUCUGUAUUCCAUGGUCUUGUUCCUCAACCUCUUUCUCAAGAUGAGGCUUUUCCGCCUAAAGGAAACAGACGACUCAUCAGUGGCUGAAAUACUUUCCGUCAUUAUGGCCUACGUUUGUGGACAAGGAACAGGGCUUGAACUGAGGCCAGGAACGGGAAGGAUUACUCUGUGCAUCUUAUCCAUGUUCUGUUUUUUUCUCUCUGUGUCGUUUUCUGCCAAAAUUGUCGCACUUCUACAUUCUUCAGCUCAUACUAUCAAGUCAUUGUCAGAUCUAACUCACGGCCCGAUGUCAGUUGGGAUGCAAAACGUCGUUUACAACAAACAUUUUUUCUCGAUUUCAAAAGACAAAGAGGUUAGCGAAUUAUUUCAGAAAAAAAUUCUGCCUCAAGGAGAAAAAGCUAUCAUGAAACCAGAUAUUGGUAUUAAGAAAGUUAAAGAUGGUCUUUAUGCUUAUAAGGUGGAAACUCCCUGGGCUUACACUCUUGUAACUAGAACAUUUGAAGAUAAAGAAAAAUGUGAUUUAGAUGAACUGCACCCGUUUAAAAUGCCAACGGUAGCUGUGGGUCUCCAAGAAAAAUCGGGAUAUAAAGAACCAAUUGCAAGGAGUUUUUCCAGAAUCGUGGAAACAGGAUUAAAACAGCGCACAAUGAAUUUGUAUUACCCUCAGAAGCCAUUUUGCAAUUUACAUAACAUAGGCUACUCCAGUGUUAAGCUGACAGAUUUCAAACCAGCACUGGACUUCGUUUUGUAUGGCCUAGUCUUUUCUUUUAUAUUACUCUUGUUUGAACUCCUUUACACGACCAGGCAUUCAUUCCGAAAAAUGAUAAGAACAUAGAAUGGCUAGCUGAAGAAGAGAUUAUAGAUAUCUUUUAAUAUUUUGUAAAAUAAAUCAAUAAUUUAUAGAAUU